CAUCCGGAAUAUUUUCCUGCGCACGAAGCCACCGGAAGUUGAAAGCUCUCGUUCCCGUUCAUGUGGGUUCAUGUUGACAACAAAAAGUGUCUCUGAAAAAUCGUACUAAUAAGGAUUCACAUUACGAAUUUAGGAAUAAAACAUGUCCGACAACGAAGAUAACUUCGACGACGGAGACUUUGAUGACGCCGAAGAGGAUGAGGGAUUAGAUGACCUGGAAAACGUAGAAGAUGAGGACCAGGAGAACGUGCAGAUCCUGCCUGCAGGAGAGGGACAGCAGGCCAACCAGAAGAGGAUCACAACACCCUACAUGACUAAAUACGAGAGGGCCAGAGUGCUUGGGACACGAGCUCUACAGAUAGCAAUGUGUGCCCCAGUCAUGGUGGAGCUGGAAGGAGAAACAGACCCCUUGCAAAUCGCAAUGAAAGAGCUUAAGGGCAGAAAGAUCCCAAUCAUCAUUCGCAGGUACCUUCCUGAUGGGAGUUAUGAGGACUGGGGCUGUGACGAGCUCAUCAUAACUGAUUAAACAGCUACUCCAGAGUUUACUGACUAUAUACAAAAUAUGCUGGUUCACAACCUCCAUCGUCUCAGGUCAUUCAGCUACACAAAUGCUGAAGUUUCCCGAGAUGGGUGUAAUUAUCACCCACCAGUUGAUACCUUAACGUGAUCCACAGCCAUCAAUCCUAUCAGCUGAUUCUGUGUUGGUGAAAUAUGAAUACAUAAGAUAUACUGCACAGACACCCGAAGCUCAUCAAAAUCAACAGUGUGUUUGUUGUUACUUUCUCAGUCUCAUUGUGUUGUUAUAUGCCAUGCACUUCCAAUUAAAUUCACAGUUAAAAUGUACAGUACCUGUUUUUCUUAACAGCUGUUUUAUAACGUAGAGCCACAAGGGGAAAUGUAACGUGGUAGAACUUUCUUUUUUUUUAACAAAAUAAUCCUUUGUUGUAAUUAUUCCAUCUGUCGUUUUGAAGGAGAGAGGUGAUUAGUUUGAAAAAAGUGUUUUAUUGUUAUUAAUAAACUCUUUUGUAUAAUGGA